GCACCAGGGCGGAGGGAUGAUGCCAAUCGUGGUGAGAUGCCAGACAACCCGCCCCCCACCACCAACUCCAAUCCCGCGCACUCAACCCUAACCCUUGGCGAGAUGGUGACCAAGAAUCCACCAGGGAGGACAAUAGCUGCACGUCCAAGGCAGCCUGCAGGCUUUUCUGAAUAUGAGAAGGAAAGAGCUCAACAUAUUAUGAGGAACAACCAAAUAUUUCAAAGACUUGGGAUCGGUCAAUUGGCAUCACUACUUAAGAAUGUAAGUGCAAAUGUGGAGGAUGAUGGUCCUCAAAAAUCAGGAUCCGAGUACAGUCCACAUGACAAUGAGGGGCUUGAGGAUGAUGAUGAAGUGAUCAGCAAGAGUGUCAAAGUAUCUUCUCAAGGAACACGAGGAUCAAAAAGGGUGAGACCACCUAGGUUGCAAUUGGAGCGUAGAGUCACUAGACAGAAUUCUGCUGCCACCAUAAGCUUAACCGCCUCAACAGAAGAAGCAUUAGCAACUGUACAAACUGAGAAUUUGAACCCUACUGCUGAUGAAGAUGAAUUGGUUGAAGUUACAGAGCAAGUACGAAGAGGAAGAAGUAUGGGGAAAGAUUUAGAUAGGAUAACCAGAGGGUUAGGAAGCAAAAUAUGUAUCCAUGUUUCUGAAGGGAAGAGAAGGCCGGCGGUACCACUCCAAGCGGCAAAGCUUGCGUCAGAGGCUGGAAUUGUACUUAGACAACAUGUACCAAUCUUUCCUCAUUGGAAGCAUUACAAGAAGAAUGAUCUUGAAAUGGAUAAUUAUAUUGGCAAAGUUGCUGGACAAUUUAACAUGGACACUGACAACAAGGCAGUGAAAGAUGCAUGUAUUGACUUGUUAAAGGGUGGACAACGUCAAAGGAGGUAUAACUUAAAAUUGAAGUACUUCAAUGGGUUAUCACAAGAUCAGGUGCCGAGAACAUCACCAGUGGCUUGCAUGAGUGAUGCACAAUGGCUUGAAUUGGUGGCCAUGUGGUCAAAGGAAGAACACAAGGAGAAGUGUGCAAAAAACAAAAUUAAUCGUGAGUGCGUCCAAUAUCAGCAGCGCACAGGUUCACGGUGCUACGAGGCACAAGCUUAUGUUGCGAAACAAGAAAGAUUUAAAGAUUCAACGCCCACUGCAAUUGACCUCUUUAAGGAAAUGCAUUGCAGCAGGAAAAGAGAUUUCAGUGAGCAAGUAAAGCAAGCUAUUGUUGAUAUGGAAUCAAUUAUUGAUGAAUCUAUAGAAAAUGAAGAGCAGCAGAAGACUUGUAUUGAAGCUGUCUCUAAAAAUUGA